AUGAUAGCAAUUGAUGGGAGUGAGAGUAGCAGUUAUGCGCUUAAAUGGGCAGUGGAAAAUCUUGAUCAUAAGCUGAAAUCCGGUGUCAUUAUUUUUAAUGCUACUUCUGCUGAUUAUACUGGUGUUUUUUCUGGCAGUUAUGGCUCUGUUCCUCUUGACCUGGUAACAUCACUCCAAGGUGAUCAGAAGGACUUUACUGUUUCUCUCCUGACAAAAGCAAAGGAACUCUGUGAAAAGCAUGGGAUUGAUGCUGAGACAGUUGCUUUGAUGGGCAAUCCAAAAGAAGCCAUAUGUGAUGCAGUACAGAAAUUUAAUUGUCAGCUACUGAUUAUUGGCAGCCGUAGUAGGGGACGAAUAAGGAGGACUGUCCUUGGAAGUGUGAGCGACUACUGUGUUCACCAUGCAAAGUGUCCUGUCCUCGUUGUAAAGCCAUCUCUUUUAUACCAGCUCGAUAUGAUACAUAUUACUGUUGUUCCACUAGUAAAAAUAUGCAGGGUUGGGUUAGCCAACGAGGGAUAUCACUAG